AUGGACAGUAGGAAAUCAGUUUUGGCCACUGUAAUCAAGCAAGGUCCGAAAAUAACAACAGCUCACACCAGCCUACUAACAGCAGAAUUUUCCAAAGAUGAGGUGAAGAUUGUCAUGUUUGAGAUUCCUGGAAACAAAUCUCCAGGUCCAGAUGGUUUCAGCAGUUACUUUUUUCAAGAUAACUGGGAGGUGGUUGGUGAUAAAGUCUGUGAAGCUAUUCUAUCCUUUCUGCACUCAUGGAAAUUGCUAAAGGAAGUCAAUUCCACAACGCUGACUUUGAUUCCUAAAGGUAAAUGCCCCGAAUCUGUUAUGGAUUUUCGUCCCAUAGCCUGCUGUAAUGUUGUAUACAAAACUGCCACUAAGUUAAUCUGCUCCAGACUGAGAAAGCUAGUUAUGACCUGUGUGAGAACCCCAAGGUUUAGCCUUAUGUUCAAUGGGUUAUUACAUGGUUUCUUUGAAGCUAAAAGAGGGCUUAGGCAGGGGGAUCCAAUAUCUCCUUUGUUGUUUGUAUUAGGGAUGGAAUACCUUUCUAGAAUUUUGGGGAAAAUUUGUGAAACAGAGGGAUUUCAGUUUCAUGACAGAUGUGGCCCUCUUAAAUUAAAUCACCUCUGUUUUGCAGAUGAUGUCUUGCUCUUCCGCCAUGGAGACUUCAAAUCGAUAUAUCUUCUGCUGCAUGGUCUGAAACUAUUUUCGCAAACCUCUGGUUUAACACCAAAUGAUACAAAGUCAGCAAUUUACUGUAGUAAUAUGGAGGAUUUGGAGGUGCAAAGAAUAAUUGACUCUUUAGGCUUUACAAGAAAUCAACUGCCAUUUAAAUAUCUGGGGAUUCCUAUAUGUGCUAAGAGGAUUUUAGCAAAGGAGUGUGAAGUUUUAUUGGAGAAAAUGACCCAACGGAUACGAAGUUGGAGUACCAGGAAUCUUUCAUAUGCCGCCAGCAAAGUAACUUUGGUGAAUUCAGUGUUGCUGUCUAUUCAUACUUAUUGGGCUCAAAUCAUGGUCCUCCCAUCAAAGAUAUUGCAGCAAAUUAAUACAAUUUGCAGGAAUUUUUUAUGGAAAGGAAUGGCUGAAUCUAAUAGUUCAGGGCAGGUUUCUUGGGAUGAAGUAUUAAGGAAUGGAAUGAAGCAGCUAUUGGUAAGUAUGUAUGGGCAGUGGCUUCGAAAAAAGACUCUUUAUGGGUUCGAUGGAUACAUGCUGUGUAUAUUGGUGAUGGAGACUGGUGGGACUAUAAAGCUCUGA